AUGAGAACUGUGCCCCUGGAGAGGGUCAAAUUUCAGAGAAUCCGAGAGAGGCAGAGCCGGGGGAGGGGAAGUGAGGUCAGAAAACAGGUUUCCCGUGAACGGGGGCAAGAGCAAGUCAAGAGAAAGGAGCCACGGGGUAACCUGUGCGCGAGUGACAGCGGCGGGAAGCCGCGGGGCCUGACAGCGACGCCGGGGACCGGGAAGCCAGGGCGAGGGGCGGGCACAGAAUGUCAGUGGGGCCGACCCCCGGUUAAGGCAGCGACCCGGAGGCCGCGUCGAUCCUCCUCCCACCCCAUGGGUGACUGGGCCCCCACCCGCCGCCCCGGGCAGCCUGGCGUCCCUCCCUCCAGCCGCGACUCUCAGCGGCCCGGCUCCACUCACCCCGGUCCGCUUGGCCUGCGGCCCGUGCCUCCCUCCUGGGCGCCGCCUGCCCCUCCCCUCCGCCCUCGGCUUCGUCGGAGCCGGCGGCCGCGGAGCCAGCGACGGGCGGAGACGGCGGCCGGGCGGGCGCGGGCGGGGCGGGCACAGGAAAUCCCCGCCCGCUUCCGGGGCUCGGCGGCAGCAGCGGCGGCGGCGUGGGGGAGGGGGCGUGGGCGGGCCGCGGCCCCCACGCCCCCCGCGCCCCUGCCCGCGGAGCCCCGGAUCUGGGCGCCCGCCCGCCGAGGAACCCUGCGGGCCCAGGCCUCCGGGUCCCGCCUAUGGUGA